CUCGUCGACUUGUACAAGCUAUUAGGGUUUUUCUGUCAUUUGAGUUUCGCGUUCUCUGCUCGAAUCAAGCGCAGAACGAACGGAUUCGGACUGGACUCAAAUUCCAAAUCGGUCGGUGAUAAAACUUAAGAAAACAAUGGUUGGGGAAGAAGAACAGAAAGGAGACAACACCACGAAGAAAUUCAACAUAUGGGAUCUUCCCGACGUUCCCAGCAAACUUCCGCCGCAUCUUGAGCUCCAGCGAACUCGAGUUGUCUGUAAUAAAGAUGCCCCUAUUCACACUGAAGGUAUAACUUACUCGGGUGCAUAUGCGUCAAUGGGGGUGGACAACAGUAUGAGAUUAGAGAACUUCAGCGAGAAUUUCAGAGUUGAAGUGAUUCGGCUAACAGAGGAUGAUCUCGAGUUUGAUAUGAUCGGUAUCGAUGCAGCAAUGGCCAAUUCAUUCCGAAGAAUCCUUAUAGCUGAGCUUCCCACAAUGGCUAUCGAAAAAGUGUUUAUUGCAAACAACACGUCUCUUAUCCAAGAUGAAGUUCUUGCACAUAGAUUGGGUUUAAUUCCCGUCGCUGCAGAUGCAAGGAUUUUCGAAUAUUUAUCUGAAAAUGAUCAGCCAAAUGAAAAGAAUACCAUUGUUUUCAAACUUCAUGUCCGCUGUGAAAAAGGCGGACCACGUCUUACAGUCAAAUCCAACGAACUGAAAUGGUUACCAAAUGGGAGUGAGUUUAUUAAAGAUUCCGGAGGUUCAACUUCGAAGACAGAAACUUACACUUCAUUCAGUCGAAGCCAAGAUUCCUUCCCAGAAUUUGCUAAUAAUCCCAUCGCCCCAAGGCAUUCCGAUAUCAUAAUAGCGAAACUUGGCCCUGGUCAGGAAAUUGAACUAGAGGCUCAUGCAGUUAAAGGCAUCGGAAAAACACAUGCGAAAUGGUCCCCAGUAGCCACUGCUUGGUACCGGAUGCUUCCUGAGGUAGUUUUACUAGAGGAAGUUGAGGAUGAGCUCGCUGAACAACUAGUAAAGACAUGCCCCCUUAAUGUUUUCGACAUUGAAGACAUAGGCAAAGGUAGGAAAAGGGCCACGGUAGCUAGACCGCGUGCUUGCACGUUAUGCAGGGAAUGCAUAAGAGAAGAUGGCUGGGAAAAUCGGGUGGCUCUACGUCGUGUUAGAAACCAUUUCAUAUUCACCAUUGAAUCCGAUGGAUCGAUGCCUCCGGAAAUUCUGUUCACCGAAGCCGUGAAGAUCUUGGAAGAGAAAUGUGAACGUGUAAUCACUGAACUCUCUUGAAAAGAUUUAAUCUUUUAUGGAAACCCUGUUCGAUUUCGGCCGAGCUGUCUUGGGGAAGCAUCAAAAUUGAUUCUUUGAGUCGUCUCUUAUGGAUCAAGAGGAGAAUAUAGUGUCGGAAUCAUGCGAGCAUAAAUGUAAGGGUUGGAGGGGAAAUGUAAUCUAGAGAAAAAGCUGCUAAAGAUGUAAGAAAUGCUCGUCUUUCUCUGAAUUGCUAUAUGCCAGAUGAUUUUUUUUCCCCUGAAUUUCGAAGUA